UGAAUAAAAAUAUUAUAAAUGUAAUCUAAAAAAGUUAAAAAAUGAAGACUUCUCUAACAAACUUGUGAACAAAUUUUUUUUUCCAAGAAAAAUAAAAACAACACAAGAAGGAGAAAAAAACAAACAUUGUGAAAUUCAAGAGAAAUUUGUAAGCUAUGGUAGUGGCUUUGCCGUUUCGCUAUGACCUUUGGUCGAGCACUGACCCUGUACGUGAGGAGGACUUUAUUGAUGUGCAUGUUUUACUGCCAAAUGGUAACUACAUAAACCUAAAAUGCAGAUCCAUGACGACUCUAUUCGAAUUAAAAGAGGAGCUUUGGGAAGAGGCUGAAAAAUUUCCGUUAUUUGGACAUUUGCGUGACAAGUCGUUGUACAUCAUAUAUGCGAUAAAGUCAUCAUCUGCUCGGGUUGAGGAACUCACAGAUGAAUCACAAAGAAUUUGCGAUGUUCAGCCAUUUUUCGCGCUCUUUAAAAUCGCAGAACGUCUGGAACUUUCUGAAGAUAGUAAAUUGAAUGAAAACAUCACAACUUUGAUUGGCAAAAAGCUUAGCGAAUUCAAAACACUGAAAAAUCCAGAGGUGAACGACUUUCGUUACAAAAUUAAUUUGUUGGGCGAGGACAUUGCAAGUAAAAGGUCAACAAUGACAUUGAAAGAGAAGAUUCUUUAUCAAUAUCCACCGAAAUUAGCGAACACAAAUGAGAUUCCACACACCGUAAAGCAAGUACUGGAGAAUGGGAAAGAAUUCUUGAUCGUAGCAAAAUUAUCAAAUGAAGAUAUCUCAGUGACACUCAAAGUGUCUUGCUUCAUUAAUCCCACGAAGUUAAUGGAUGAAAUCAUGCAAAAAAUGCAAACGAAAAUCAAAAACUUUCGUCGACGAAUGAAUGAUUACAUCUUAAAAAUUUGUGGUCAAGAAGAGUACAUUUUCGGUGAUUAUCCUUUAAUUCAGUUUAUCUACAUUCAAGAUCGUUUGUCUCGCGGUGAAGUGCCAAUGGUUGUCGUCAAAUAUGUGUCAGAUGUUUAUGUGUUCACAAGCAAUUACUCGAGUGACCCAAUAAUGAGUCAUGGUCGUGCUAACGGUGGCAAAACAACGAAAAUAAACUCAUCGACAUUAAGAAAGAAAGGAAAACACAAAUCAUCAUGGGAUGUUGACGAUAAUUUUCAAGUAUCAAUUCAAACUGUUAGCAAUGUCACGGUUGAUACGAAUAAAAGCAUCGAGAUUGGAAUCCAGGCUGGUUUAUUUCACGGUGGAAAAACUUUAUGUGAAAAACAGAAAACAUGUGAAAUGGUAGUUAAAGAUUCAGGAAGUUGUACGUGGCUUGCAAGUCAUCAAACUUUGAAAUUUGAUAUCAAAGUGAAAAAUGUUCCGCGCAUGGCUCGACUUUGUUUGGUCUUGUACGAAACAGCAAAAAAUGCAAAACAUAUUCGAGCUCGAAGACUGAAAGAUAGCCAAAAAGAAAUAUUUAUCAAUCCUAUUGCGUGGGUGAAUACGACAGUUUUCGAUUAUAAAAAUCAAUUAAAAACUGGCGGACUUACACUUUACACUUGGACUUAUGCUGAAGACUCAGACUCAGAAGAGUUACUUCAUCCUCUUGGCACUGUGGAACCAAAUCCACGAACUGACGAAGCAACAUCAAUCACAAUGACGUUCCACGAUUAUAAUUCUGACUGUUCAAUGCUCUAUCCAACUGAAAAAGAAGUCAUCGAAUAUGCUGAUAAGCUUCUGAAAGCCUCUCAAAAGAUGCCUUAUCCAACAUCACCGACUGAAGAUGAUCGAUCAAUUAUCAGCAUACUUCAGCCUUACAUGCACAACGAUCGAAUUAAUGACAUUUCUGAACAAGAGCGAAAAGAGAUUUGGGAACGUCGCUUUGAUUGUUUACGUUAUCAACCUGAUGCACUUCCAUGUCUUUUGUAUUGUGUUGAAUGGAAUAAUCGCGAUGAAGUGUCGGAAGUGACAAGAAUACUCAAUGAAUGGCCACAAGAUAAGAUGUCAGUAGAGAGAACAUUGGAAUUGUUGGAUUAUGCAUAUGCCGAUCCAUUUGUAAGACGUUUUGCGGUUGAAUGUUUGAAAAAGAUUAAAGAUGAAGAUCUUCAAUUGUAUCUUCUUCAAUUAGUGCAAGCAAUUAAACAUGAAUCGUAUCUUUAUUGCGAUCUUGUUGAAUUUCUACUUCAACGUGCAUUGAACAAUCAAAGAAUUGGACAUUUUCUAUUUUGGCAUCUGCGUUCAGAGAUUCAAGUGCCAUCAGUUCAAAUUCGAUUCUCAUUAAUUCUUGAAGCUUAUUUAAGAAGCUCUAAAGAACAUAUUUCGAUUCUUAUGCGACAACUGAGUUGCCUUGAGAAACUUCGACUGGGCAGUGAGCAAGUGAAGAAGGUUGGAAAGGAAAAAGCUAAACACAAACUCAUGGAAUUCUUAUCAUCAGUGAGAGGUGACUUGAAAAACAUCACAUCGCCAUUGAAUCCAAGCUUUCGUUGUAAAGAAGUUCGUAAUGACAAAUGCAAAGUGAUGGACUCAAAAAUGAAACCAAUUUGGACAGUUUAUGAGAAUGUCGAUCAGCAUGGUGAAGAUAUUAACAUAAUUUUCAAGAACGGAGAUGAUUUAAGACAAGACAUGUUGACAUUACAAAUGCUUCGCAUUAUGGAUCGAAUAUGGAAGGCCAAUGGAUAUGACUUUCGUUUAAACACGUAUAGUUGUAUCAGUAUGGAUCGUCGAUUAGGAAUGAUUGAAGUUGUGCUUAAUGCCGAGACAAUUGCGAAUAUUCAGAAGGAAAAAGGAAUUUUCUCUGCAACAGCAGCAUUCAAGAAAGGUUCAUUAUUUUCAUGGCUUAAAGAUCACAACAGCACUGAAGAAUUGUUGCAAAAAGCAUGCAAUGAGUUCACACUUAGUUGUGCUGGUUAUUGCGUUGCAACUUAUGUUCUUGGCGUUGCUGAUCGUCAUUCAGACAACAUUAUGGUGAAGAAGAAUGGACAAUUGUUUCAUAUUGAUUUUGGUCAUAUUCUUGGGCAUUUUAAAGAGAAGUUUGGGAUAAGACGAGAGCGAGCUCCUUUUGUUUUGACACAUGACUUUGUUUAUGUCAUUAACAAAGGACGCAGCGAUAAGGAAGCUGACGAGUUUAAGAAAUUUCAAUAUUUGUGUGAACAGGCUUUCAUAACGUUAAGAAAACAUGGCGGUCUUAUACUUUCACUUUUCUCCAUGAUGAUCAGCACAGGUCUUCCAGAAUUAUCGUCCGAAAAAGAUUUGAAUUAUUUGAGGGAAACUUUGGUUCUCGAUUUAUCAGAGGACGAAGCUCUUCGUCAUUUCCGUUCAAAGUUCGAUGAAGCACUUCAGAACUCAUGGAAAACGUCGCUCAAUUGGGCAUCACACAAUUUUAGUAAGAACAACAAUAAUGAAGGAAAACUGAAAAUGCAUCGUUACGAGUUAAUACCAGACAAAAGCAAAGAUGAGAAUGGCAGUGAUGGAAGUGCUUAUUCAGAUCCAGAUGAUAACAGUGACAAAAGUGCGUUGCUUGGUGGAAGCAGCAAAUCAUACGGAACAGAUAAUUUGGAAUUAGCCAUUGCAAUUGAAGAACGAUUAACUUAUACUUGGAAAGAAAUCGACGUUUAUGGAGAACAACCAACAGAAGGAAGUUUGUGGUCCAGAACAAGUAAAAAGAUCAACAACUGCUUCUCUGGCAAUGGCAAGGAAUUCGUUGCAAGAAAACAUUUACUGAAAAACAUCACGGGGAUAGCACACAGUGGAGAACUGUUAGCGGUCUCGCCAACAUCUAUCAGAGCUCUCAACGGUGUGCCAGUAAAUCCUGAACAACUUCGAUCUCAAUGUGCUUAUGUUCAACAAGACGAUUUAUUCAUAGCAUCAUUGACUGCAAGGGAACAUCUCAUCUUCCAGGCAAUGCUUCGAAUGGGACGUAAAGUUCCAUACGCUCAAAAAAUUGCGCGUGUCAAUGAAGUCAUUAUUGAGUUGAGUUUAAGGAAGUGUGCAAACACUGUUAUUGGAAGUCCUGGAAGAAUUAAAGGUUUAUCUGGUGGGGAAAGGAAAAGACUUGCAUUUGCUUCUGAAUCUCUAACAGAUCCGCAUCUCUUGUUAUGUGAUGAACCGACUUCGGGUUUGGAUUCGUUCAUGGCACACAGCGUGUUGCAAGUGUUAAAACGACUGGCAAAUAAGGGAAAGACAAUCAUCAUCACUAUUCAUCAGCCUAGUUCAGAGUUGUUUGGAAUGUUUGAUAAAAUUUUGUUGAUAGCUGAAGGUCGCACAGCAUUUCUAGGGUCACCGACACAGGCAACGGAAUUCUUUGAACAUUUGGGUGUGCCAUGUCCCGUAAAUUAUAAUCCGGCAGACUUCUUCGUGCAAUUACUGGCAAUAGCCCCAAAUAAAGAGCAGGAAUGUCGUGCGACCAUCAAAAAAAUUUGCGAUUCAUUCGCUGUUAGUUCAUUAGCGGAAGAAGUGAAUGCGCUAGCAUCAAACUUAGGAUCAAAUGAGGAACUCGCUAAUCGACGUCUGAUUAACGGAAAUAAAUAUCGCGCUUCAUGGUUAACUCAAUUCUAUGCAAUAUUAUGGCGCUCGUGGCUGAGUGUUUUGAAGGAGCCAAUGUUGGUCAAAGUUCGAGUACUACAAACAAUUAUGGUGUCAUUCCUUAUCGGCAUCAUUUUCUAUGGACAAGUUCUCGAUCAAGACGGCGUCAUGAACAUGAAUGGAGCUUUAUUUCUAUUUCUCACAAACAUGACUUUUCAAAAUGUUUUCGCUGUUAUCAAUGUUUUUUCCGCUGAACUUCCGAUAUUUAUUCGCGAAUCUCGAGCAAGAUUGUAUAGGACGAGCACUUAUUUCCUUGGAAAGACAAUAGCGGAACUUCCGCUGUUUCUUGCAGUGCCAUUAAUCUUCACGACAAUUGCUUAUCCAAUGAUUGGUUUACGUGGAGGAUUUCUUUACUUUUCGAUAGCAUGCGGUGUUGUGUCACUUGUUGCCAACGUCUCCACGUCGUUUGGUUACUUAAUCUCAUGUGCCAGUUCUUCAAUUUCAAUGGCAUUGAGUGUCGGACCACCAGUGAUAAUUCCAUUUUUAAUUUUCGGUGGCUUCUUCUUAAACGCGGGAUCGGUUCCAUCAUACUUCGAGUGGCUUUCAUAUUUAUCAUGGUUCCGUUAUGGAAAUGAAGCGCUUCUCAUCAAUCAAUGGACAGGCGUGACAGACAUAAUAUGCACUCGAUCCAACACCACAUGCCCUACUAAUGGACAAAUCAUUUUGGAUACUCUCAACUUCAACUCGAGCAACUUUGGAUGGGACAUCCUAGCACUGAUUGUAUUGAUUGUAAUUUUCCGUUUUGCAGCUUACAGUUGUUUGGUUUUGCGUGCACGUAGUAAGGAGUAGACAUGAAGGCGUCCAUUGCAUGUUAAGUAAUCUUUCUUUCUGUUUGUUUAAUAAUUUUAUAAUCUCUUAAUGCAGUAGUAAUAAUAAUGAUUUUAAGUGACACUUUGCAUUAAAUAAUAAUAAUUUUUAGGUAACGAAAGUCAUGCAGCUCAUUAAUACAAAUUUUGAUUUGUGGUUUGUUUUUCUUUUAAACUUAAAGUAUUGUAAAUGAUAUGAUUGUGAUAAUGUAGGAAAGAAGAAGAUAUCCGAGAAAGAUGAUGAUUACGUAAUUCAUUGAUAUGGGACUCGGUCACGCGUAUAAAUAAUUUUUUGAUGCGACCUGAUUUCGUCAAAGUUUACGAGCAAGUGUCGGUCGCUUUUUCUUCUUCUUCGUCGUCAUCUCUUUCUUCUUCUUCUCUAGUUUUCAUUGAUCGUUUAUUUGCUUAAGCAAUUUGUCAUCAUCGCGCCCUCGUUUUCUUUGUCAUCAUAAACUUUUCCCUAAAUUGUCGCGUUUUAAAAGAAACUGCCAUUUAUGUAUGUAUUUAUAUCAAUAAUAAAAGUGUAGAAAUAUCUAUGAAAGUAUAUUAAAAACAAAUCAUUUUGAUUUUAUUGUGACUGCCAAGCGAUUAAAAUUUUCAUUAUCACGCAUGUGUAUUGAAAUAUAUGUAAAUCAAAUCAUAAAUAAAACAUAAUGACAUCGGGCAUACGCUAGCAUUGUUGACCCAUUGAAAUGUUUUGUAUUAUCAACGAGUUAACGUGUACGUUAAUUUCUCGUCAGUUGAAAUGAAAUUAAAACCAAAAACGAGUUUUUUUACGAUUAUUUUGCUGGAAUUGUGCAAAAGCCGAAAACAUCGAAUGAAGUGAUCACGGAACACUUGUCGCUUCAUCUUCAUGUAUUUUGUUGGUUUUUAUUGAACUUUUCAAAGAUGCUAAACGUGGAAAUGUAAUAUAAUGACCGUAACGUAUCAUUUGCUAAUUGACGAACUCUUUCUGUUAAAUAAAUAUUAAAAAUAAAAGUCGAUAACUUAAAAGACAAUGAAGGAAGUUGGCACGGUUUGAUUUUGAAGGAAAAUUUAGAGCUUAGCGUUGCGUAAUUUUUACAACAAAUAUUUGCGUUUUCUAAACUCAUCAAAAUUGCAUAAUGUCGAGUGUCGUAAAACUGGAAGAAUAAAUUUUUCAUCCACUAACGAAUAAGCGUUUGUUCACACCAACCAACUCUCAAUCUAUGGUAAUAACAUCAAAUAACCGAUGAACAUCAAAUAAAUAAAUUUAUGCUAAUUUUAAUCGUUUAAAUGUUUGAAAAAGUGUCAAUGACAUCUCAAAAGAUUUUACGAUAAUAUUAUAAGCGUCAAAUAUGAAUUAAAACAUUGUAUUUGUCUUUCUGUACUUUGAAAACUUUUAUUCAGAUCAAAAGAAAUUAGAUGCAAUUUCACAC